AUUGCAGAAAGAAAAAACAAAAGAGCUUCUACUUCACUUUGACAAUAUUUACGAGCGCUGGAAGGCCUUAACUAAGUUGGCUAAAAAAUCUGUUGUCAAACAAAAUCCUAGCAACAUCCUACAAGAUCACAUCAGCACUAUUGAAAGAGAAUCAUCUGAACUGAAUAUUGUUUAUGAAGAUUAUCGAAGGAUCGACAGCCCAGCUCAUGAGAUGCGCCGGAAGCUGGAUAAAUGUAUAUCAGUCACAAAGAUUGUUGUACACAAUGCACAGUCUCAAAUUCAAGGAACAAAGGAGGAACUGAUUUGGCCUGAUGCAAGCUCUGUAUUCGCAUCUACAAUGUCCAGUGUUUCAUCUCCGGACUCAAAGUGUUCUAAGGCUACUUCCAUUCGCUCUAACGUUUCCUCCGUUAAAAGACAAGAAGCCGCUGCGGAGUAUGCAGCUACCAGAGCUGUAUUGAAGAUUAUGGCCGAGCAAGACUGCCAGCAAGAGAAACUGCAAAGACUUGAAGUUGAGGACAAGCAGAUAGUUGCAGACCAAGAAGCAGCUGCAUUAUCUCGCCGUCUUCAAGGCGAAAGAGAAGAGACUGAACGUAGGAUAGAAAAGGAGACAAAAGAAGCUUCUCUCUUAAAGAAACAGCAGGAAGAGAAUGCUGCAAGAAAAGGUUCUGUAGAAGAGUUGAAAAGAGAGCUUGGACGUUUAGAGGAGCAAAAAAGACUGGAUGCAGCCAGAGCAAGGCUUCAAGUCUACGAUGAAAAUGAGUUUUACCCAGACCAAAGGCUGAGUCCACAUAAGUAUGAGCUGCCUAGGUUCGAGCAAGCAAUUGACCAGGUGAAUCCUGUGUAUCAGGACCCACAACCACUAAGAAGAGAUGUGGCUCCAAGAAGUGUGCUUCAAAACGACACAGGAGAGCUUGUUAAAGUCCUGGCUGAGGCCAUAUCAGCAAAUAGGCUUCCCAUUCCAGAGCCUACAAUCUUCAGUGGGGAUCCACUCAAGUUUAAUCAUUGGAAGUCUUCAUUUCAGACCCUAAUUGAGAGAAAAAAUAUUCCAACUGCAGAGAAAAUCUUCUUCCUUCAGAAAUAUGUGGGAGGAGCAGCUAAAGAAGCAGUAGAAGGUUAUUUCCUGAUUGAUUCAGAAGAUUCAUAUCACGCAGCAUGGAACGUGCUCAAGGAACGUUACGGCGAGCCUUUUGUGAUUGCCAAGGCCUUCCGAGACAAACUACAUGCAUGGCCAAAAUUAGCUCCGAAGGAAAGUGACGACUUAAGAAGAUUUGUGGACUUUCUACGUAGUUGUGAUUUCGCUAUUGCUCACAAUGAGAGUUUAAAAGUUCUUAAUGAUGCUAUUGAGAACCAAAAACUAACUGCCAAACUACCCGACUGGUUAAGUACCAGAUGGAACCGAAGGGCCACACAAUACCAACUGGAACACAGAAGGUUCCCAAGCUUUAAUUAUUUUGUGACGUUCCUGUCAAUGGAAGCUAGUAUUGCGUGCAACCCUAUAACAUCUUACAACGCAUUACGACAAAGCGAACCUGAUAAAGCAAAGAUCAAGAAUCAAACCCCUUUGUCUUACAAGAACCAAACUGUAGGUGCCAAGAUCUUCACAACCAACACCAGUGAAAGAAACAUAGUCACAUGCGUGUUAUGUAAGAAAUUAGGACACAGUCUACACAAGUGCCACAGAUUCAAUGAAAGGACUGUUGCUGACAGAGUCAAGUUCAUUCAGAGUGAGAGACUGUGCUUCGGAUGUUUAAAGCCUGGACAUCAAUCCAAGAGCUGCAGUAGCCGGAUGAUCUGCGACACCUGUUCAAAAAGUCAUCCCACAUGCCUACACGAAGAUCGCUCAAAACAAGAACAAGAACCAAAGAGAGAGCUAUCUAAAUACACAAGUUAUGGCAAGGAAAGAAAGCUACAGCCAACACAACUGCAAGACGUUGUCAAGGAAACCACAUCAAACAGAGUUGUGCAAGAUGGUAAUACUCCACAGACAUCAGCGAUUGUACCUGUCUAUGUGUCAACGCAAGAUGAUCCAAGUAAAGAAGUUCUUGUCUACGCUCUGCUAGAUUCACAAAGUGAUUCUUCCUUCAUUCUCGAAGAAGUGGCAAACGUUCUAGAUACGAACACAGAACAAGUGAAGCUGAAACUAUCUACCAUGUCGUCAAAAUGUACAAUUGUACUCUGUAAAAGACUCAAAGACCUACAAAUAAGAGGGAUAUUUUCCUCCAAGAAGAUCACAGUGCCAACAAUGUACACUCGUGAAUUUAUCCCUGCUAAUCGGACACACAUUCCAACUUCAGAGACCGCUAAAGCAUGGCCUCAUUUGGAGCAUCUUGCAGAACACAUUGCGCCGCAAAUGGAGUGUGAAAUUGGUCUGCUCAUCGGAUACAAUUGCCCACAAGCCCUAAUGCCUAAAGAAGUCGUAUGUGGGGAAGAAAACCAACCCUUUGCUCAGAAAACCGAUCUAGGUUGGAGUAUCGUAAGUUAUGGUGACCCGCAAGAGCACUACAGUGACGCAAUUGGAGUAAGUCACCGCAUCAUUGUAAGGAAAGUGACACCUGAACCCAAAUCAACAAUCAAGCUCAAAAGUGAGGUUCACUUUGUUUGCAAGACUCAGAUCAAGGAAAUGAUCAGUCCAGAGGAUGUAAUUAAGGUGCUAGAAUCUGACUUUAGUGAAAGAGUUGAAGAAGAUGCAACAGUCUCUCAGGAAGAUCUUCACUUCUUGACUAAACUGAGAGAUGAAAUCAAACAAAAACAAGAUGGACAUUAUGAAAUGCCCUUACCUUUCAAAAAGGACAAACCAAAUCUACCGAAUAAUAAGUCAUGUGCUAUUCAGCGUCUAAAAGGUUUGGAACGAAAGCUCAAGAGAGACCAGAAAUACUGCUCAGACUACAUGCACUUCAUGAAAGAUAUCAUUGCUCGUGGUGAUGCAGAGAAGGUUCCCGAAGAAGAACUCAACAAUCAACCAGCCUGGUAUAUUCCCCAUCAUGGAGUAUACCACCCUCACAAGCCUGGGAAGAUACGAGUGGUCUUUGAUUGCUCAGCAAGAUUCCAAGACACGUCAUUGAAUGACCACCUUCUUACUGGACCUGAGCUCACAAACACCCUGGUGGGAGUUCUCUGUAGGUUUCGCAAGGGCCCGAUCGCUAUUAUGUGUGAUGUUGAGCGGAUGUUCCAUCAGUUUCAUGUAAGGCCGGAAGACCAAGAUUACCUGAGGUUCCUAUGGUGGGAGAAUGGUGACCUGGCAUCUCCGCCAUCAACUUUCCGGAUGAAAGUCCAUCUGUUUGGGGCAGCCUCCUCACCCGGCUGUGCCAAUUUUGGUCUUAAACAUCUAGCAAUUGAAGGUCAAGAUCAAUUCAACCAAAAUGCUGUCAAAUUCAUUCAAAGGAAUUUUUAUGUUGACGAUGGACUAGUGAGUGUAACGUCUGAUGCUGAGGCAAUUCAACUCAUCAAGGAAGCAAGAGGUCUUUGCAGCAAAGGCAAGCUAAGACUACACAAGUUCAUCUCCAACAGCAAGAAUGUAUUGAAUUCAAUACCAAAGGAAGAGUGUGCUGAAAGUGUCAAAGACCUUGAUAUGGCUUUGGGAGAGCCACUCAUGGAAAGAGCUCUCGGUGUCCAAUGGUGCGUGUCAUCUGAUGACUUUCAGUUCAGAGUUACAGUUAAGGAACACCCAUUGACCAGAAAAAGGAGUAUCUCCUUAAUCUUCAGCAAAGACCAAUAUGGCCAAAGGAUAAGAGCGAAGGUUGGCGAAGGUUAACGACAUCGUCAUCCUACAAGAAGAAGGCUCUCCACGAAAUCAAUGGAAAUUAGCAAGAGUAGCGCAGGUGUACCCUAGCACUGAUGGAAGAGUCAGAAAGGUAAAACUGUUAAUUCGUGACUCAACCUUAAAUAGCCAGGGAAAACGCACCACUAAGCCAGUCUAUCUUGACAGGCCCGUACACAAGACAGUUUUACUGCUGGAAGCAGAAUAAAUGUCAUGGUUAUUUUUGUGAAGUGAAAUCUCAAAGAAUGUGAUUUGGUGGGAGUGUAACUGCCAUGAAUGUUAUUUAUGUCAUUUGUAGUAAGUUUGGUUGAAUAUAUUAUUUGUACAACUCGUUUAUCGAAUGUUGGUUUGUUUUUGUUUUGUAUUUGGUGGGAACUGUUUGCGUGUCCUGUGUUGCGCUGGGACGCAUUUGAUUGCAACAAUCGCAGGUGAACAUGUGGUUGAAGCUAGAAGUGCAAGUAAGUGAAGCAAGUAAGAGAAGCUAGAAGUGCAAGUAAGUGAAGCUAGGAAGAGUAAGUAAGUGAAGCAAGUAAGAGAAGCUAGGAAGUGCAAGUAAGAGAAGAAUACAUGUCUAAAGUGGACCCAUUCCCUCGUGGUUUAUGUGCAGCCAGUGAGUUCGACGGUGGAUUGAAGGUGGAU